AUGAUGCAGAACCAAAGCCCAUGUGCAGAAGAAGCCCUGGGAGACUCUCUGAAGCAGGCGCAAAAUGCCCAGAGCAGCGUGUGCUGUCUGGAGCAGUACGCUAAAGGCCAUUGUCUGAAUUCCUUGGCCUCUGUUCAACAGAUCUGGCGGCCAAUAACUGCGACUUUCUUCUUCCCAGUGGGACCUGGAACAGGAUUUCUCUACUUGGUGAAUUUGUAUUUCUUGUAUCAAUAUUCAUCACGAUUAGAAACAGGAGCUUUUGAUGGAAGGCCAGCAGAUUACAUGUUCAUGCUUCUGUUUAAUUGGAUCUGCAUUGUUAUAACUGGCUUGGCAAUGGACAUGCAGUUGCUGAUGAUUCCACUCAUCAUGUCAGUACUUUAUGUGUGGGCCCAGCUGAACAGAGACAUGAUUGUAUCAUUUUGGUUUGGAACAAGAUUUAAGGCCUGUUACCUUCCAUGGGUUAUUCUGGGAUUCAACUACAUCAUUGGUGGAUCAGUCAUCAAUGAGCUGAUAGGGAAUCUGGUUGGACACCUGUAUUUCUUCUUAAUGUUUAAAUAUCCAGUGGAUUUGGGAGGAAGGAAUUUUCUGUCCACACCUCAGUUCCUGUACCGCUGGCUGCCAAAUAGGAGAGGAGGAGUGUCGGGGUUUGGUGUCCCACCUGCUAGCAUGAGAAGAGCUGCAGAAGAUCAGCAGGGUGGUGGAAGACACAACUGGGGCCAAGGUUUCCGGCUAGGUGACCAGUGAAGAACUCCUGCCCUUGGAAAACAGCAACUCUUUGGUUUUAAUUGGAUGUAGGACCGACCCUUCCUGGUGCAGAGCAUGCUUAAGAACUGAGCUCUCUGUAGUACUGUUGGAUUUAACUGAUUAGAAAGAAUGUUUCUGGUUCAAGAGGAAAUUUAAAAACUCCAGAAGGGAAAAAUGUAGAUCUUGCUCCAGGUUAGCCAGUAGUGUCCAAUUUGAUUCUGCCAUUAAAAAAAGCCUUCUUUAUACAGUAUUGUCUGCCUGUCACAACAGACAUCCAUUGUGCUGUCUUGUUCCGCGAUGUGAUGGAACAAGCUAAUGGUGUUCUGUCUCGCCUAGUAUGUUAAAAGCUUUGUUGACCGUGGUAAGGUAAGAAUCCAGUGUGAGGCAGAUGGAUCAAACUAACCCCAAAGUUUAGGAGGCUGACUUUUUCCAUAGCUGUGCUUAAGUCCCAGGGUCUUUGGAAACAUUAUUUAAGUGAUAUCUCUACUGCAUUCAUAAAGCAAAGUACAAAUGUUUCAUUUCUAUUAUUAAGCUGUAUUUUAAGGUGGGGGGGUUCUUGCUGUGCAGCAUUUGUCCUACCUGCUACAGCAUGGGAUGGGCAAGACAAAAGAUAAGAGCGCUUUCAUUUGAAAUGGCAAUAACAGAUAUUCACAGAAUUGAAAUCUCUGAACUCUUUAUGGCAUGUUACAAGGCUUGUGCUGUUGAAACUGAAGUUGUCUGGCUUCCCCCCCCCGAGAUCUGUGAAUUCUUGACUUCAAGGUUCCUAUUUUGAUUGCAAAAUUGGGUAGCACAAAUACUACUUUAACCACAACGAUGUGUUACAUUUUCUAGUUCAUGUAAAGGGUACUGACUGCAACAUUAUGUUUGUUAACUGAAUCUUCAGCUUUCUAUUAAAAGCUUUAAGACAUCAAAGAAUCAAAGCUGGAAAUAAACUUUUCCAGGGUCAAGAUACAAUAGAACAGAUUGCUUUACUAUAGGACUCUUUCAUUGUCAAAUAAGAAAUUAUGUACACUGUUUAUUAGUAUCUGUACUUUUUUGGUAAAACUUUUUGACAUGGAGAAGGGAAUGAUUCUGUACAGUAGUUUUCCUUGUACUGGGUUCCUGUAGGCAGAGCACAGGGCUAAGAUCCAGGAAGAUGUAAUGCCAGCUUGUUACUGACUCACCACAUGGACUUGAGCGAACUUCUUACUUAUCUCAGUUUUCCCAGGUGUAAGGAGGACUCAUGCAUGUUUCAUAGCAUUCUUAAAAGGUAGCUGUCCCCCGCUCCCCUAGGUGGGAGCUGCUAGUGAGCAAGGUAAGGCUUAGGUUCACAUAGAUGACAACACUUAAGCUAGGAACGCGAUUACUCUAAGCUUAAUCGAGACUUCUAAAUUGGAAUAUAGUUGCUCCCUUUUCGUUUUAUAGUUGGAGGAAGAGCAGCACUGUCACUAGGAUGAGAUUCAAGACUGAAUUUCCCUUUAGCAUUUGUCUGUCUUUUUACUGGGUAGGUAGGGUACAGAGGGCUGUUGUGCCCCAACUUAGGUAUCUCAGGUAUCUAUAAGUAGGUGAAGUGAAUCUGGGCCAAAACAUUUUUAUUACUACUUUGUUUCUUCACUAAACCUGGGUUCUGAAGUUUUAAAAACUUGUAAAUACUGCGUGAUGUGAAACUGAGUGGAAAAUAAGCAGUCGGACUGGAAGUUUUCAGCUGGCUUGCUUGAAAAAAAUGCAUGCUCAUUUCUUCACUGCAACUCAAUUUUGUUGAUCUGGCUUGUUGAAAAAUGUAGAAAACUGGUAAUGAUCUUAUUGUGGGCUUAGAUUUUACAGGAACUUGGAGUUCAGAAAUCACCUGCCAUUUUUGUCUAUUCAGUGAUAAGUUUUAAAGAUGCUCUUUUGUCUUUCUUUGUAUAAAAUGGUAGGUAGAAAAGAGGACUGCAAUGUUGUAAAUACUAAUCUAUCAUUGACUGACAGCUGUUAUUUGAUGCUAACUUGAAAAGACUGAGCACCACCAUUUUUAUAGGAGUCACGAUGCAGCUGGUCUUUUUAGUCAUAUCACUGUCUCCAAAGCAUUUGUCUUCAUUUUGAGUCAGGACCUAACUGUUAAGUAAAGAUGCAAGAGUUUGUGACUCAGCUAAAACCCUGGCACACUCAAAUUGCAGAACAUCUUUGUACAGAAGGCCAGAAGGAAGGCUUGGGUGGGAGGAGGGAUGGCAAAAGUCAUUGUCCUGGCCCAGUGCACUGUGUUGGGUCUUGCUUUCUAGUGCAUCCUCCUUCUAUAAAUGAAGAGGAAAAGGUUUGCGAGGCAAAUAGACUUCUGAUAAAUCUUGAUUAGCUUUUGAGCUGCUUCAGGUCAAUUUACUUUGGCUUACAGAAGAUUCACUUCAGAACUUCAUAUUACGAGCGUAGUCUGUUUUUUCUCUCACUUGUCACUUGACCUGAAGCACUGUCCUCCAGCGUACACUGAAAAUGGCAGUUUCUUGUUAAAUGAGUACCUCCUUUCUUAUUUUGUACAGGUAACUUCCCUUUUUGUAACCAAUUUUUGUUGGCAAAGUUUUAAAUUAAAGUUUUAAUCUCUGUUACUGUCUCUGUUUUGCUAAAUCAUAUUUCAGCUUAAGACAAGCCUUGUGAUCUGCACAUCUCUGGGGAAUGUCUGACAGCUGUACUGUGACACCACCUCCUGCUUCUGAUAAAAGUACUCAAGAAAAUGACCUGCUUUUGGGUGGGAGUCUUGUCUUCUCUGAUCGGUUGCAAAAUCGUAAAGGCAUUUUCUUUGUCUCAGUUUAUUACCGUGAGUUUUGACAGUCUGUGUCCUUCCUGGGCUAUUAUCAUUUUACAGCUUUUUUUUUUGUAUACUUGAUGAUUCAUUCUUUAUUGUCCUCUGGGAGGAAGUAUCCUUCUACUCACCCUCAAACUUUGUGGGAUUGAUAGAGAUCACUUACUUUUCCAGGGGUAAGCUUGGUAUGCUGCAAUACCGUCUCUCUGUCCAGCCAGAUGUGCACAGCUGCCAGAAUUCCUUUUGAGGCUCUUAUCUCAACUGAUUUGGAGACACAUUGGGCAUCCUGUGAAUGACUCUUCUGGUCCUCAUGGUUCAUCUAGCUGCACUUUUCCUGUUUGUUACCAUAGAGGCACCAAAGAUGAUCAUGGACUUGGUACAUAAGGCACUGUGUGAAUUUGUUGUGCUUCUUGCACUGGAAAGUCUUGGUCCAUACUGAAUGCACCAGAUAGAACAGCAUGGCAAGUGUGUGCCUUUCAGUUUUGCUCCAGUUGUGUAAAAAGUCAGCGGAAGAGCCAGGAAUAUGAAAUCAAAUGCUUCUAAAAUGCUUCAUCUUUCAUUCCUAUCACUUUGUCUUGGCCACAGCUUUUCUCUCAACACAACUUGGUAAUGUGGUGUUGCUAGUGACUUAAUGAGAAACUGGACCUGUUGCUUCAUUCUGUCAUUUAAUUGUCGCAUUAGGAAAAAUGAGAGGCUUUAAUUUUCAGAAUAGCAUAUUGUUUGCAAUACAACAAUAUUGUAUUUAUAUAUCACUGUGUACCUUAUCGGGGGGAAGACUGCUUUGCCUUGAUGGUUAAGGUAGUGAACUGGAGAGAUACAUACUAAUUUACAGUCUGAAGCUUCUGAUGCUUAAGUCAACUAAUGGCUUUGUAAUCCUGUUCUGCAUCCGUAAAAUGAAGAUGAUUUGUAUUCUCCCUUGUUCUGUGCUAGGCUUAGGAUGAUGGAUCAAUUUGUACUUGCCAUAGUAUAGUGGAGCACUAAUUUUGAUGAAGAUGUUCUUAAUAUUGCCAUCGCCUGCAGUAGUAAAUGGCUUUUCUU